CACACAGCAGCAGCAGCCCUUCUUUUUGGAGCAGCACCACAGGGGAGAUCGAUCAAUCAAUCAGCAAGCAAAGCGCGCACGGCACAGGUGGGUAGCUAGCAAUGGCGACGCCGCCGAACCCUCCUCCUCCGAGCACUCCCAUAGCUGCGGCGGCGCCCUUAUUGCCAGCAGAGUUCACCAGAUUCACCUUCCGGGCCUUGUACGUCCGCCGGACCGGCCCAAGCAGCAGGGAGAUGAUUCAGCCGGGGAGACCUUACGAUGAGCUGGGCAGAAGACUCACCAGUGACUACCCGGUGUACGAUGGCCGUGGCUCCGACGCCGCCCUUGUCGCUCGCAUGCAGGGGAUCACCGUCCUCGUCGGUAACGCGCACCAGCUGUUCACCAUCGUGUUCGAGACCGGGAGGUUCAAGGGCUCCACGCUCCUCACCAACGGGAUGGUGACGGAAGGGUCCGACGAGUGGGCGGUCUACGGCGGGACUGGAGCGUUUGCGAUGGCCACCGGCGUCAUCAGAAGGAAGAACCUUCUUGCCGGCGGCGGUGACAGUGGCGGGAACUCCGACGAGCUUAGCGUGGAAGUGUUCUGCCCGGUGUUCGGAUCACCGCAGCAGCCGCCAAAGGACGACGACGAUGGCUCCGCCGUCACCAAGAUUGGACUAUGGGGUGGGCCGGGAGGAUCGGCACAGGACAUCACGACGACAGAGGCACCAAGGCGUCUGAACAGCGUCACCAUUCGCGCCGGUAUUGCCGUCGACUCGAUUGAGUUCACUUACACUGGCAAGGACAGGCAGAGGCGCACAGCUGGGCGAUGGGGUGGACUUGGCGGCAAUGUUCGAACGAUCGAUCUUGGCGACAACGAACACAUCAGGGAGGUGUCAGGAACGUACGGCACAUUUGAAGGUGCUACUACCCUAACCUCGCUCAGGUUCAUCACCAGCACCAGAGCCUGGGGCCCAUGGGGCACCGAGAACGGGACACGCUUCUGCAUCACCGCGCCCAUCGGCAGCAGCGUCGUGGGAUUCUACGGACGCGCGGGAACCAGGCUCGUCGACGCUAUCGGUGUCUACCUGCGUCAACUUUGAUUUCAACGGCAUGAUGCUUGAUUUCAAAUAGAUAUAUUAAUUAGUUCCUCGUCACAGUCGAUCCUGUGUCAAAUAAUAAAGAAGCUCUUGUAUGCAUGUGUAUAUGUUAGUCCUUCGUUCUGUAUGUGUCAAAUAAAGGUUGAUCAAAAAGACCU